AUGGGAUAUUCACCUCAAAUUCAUGUUCUUGAAUCCCCUAUCCAAAUUACUCCUGCACCUUGUGAAAUUGCUCUCGAGGUUCCUUUGCCUGCGCCUACUGAUGUUAGCCACUCCAAUUUUGAUGACCAUCCUGAUCACUUGAGGAAAUUCUUUCUUUCAACAUCUUUUGUGAAUCAA